CGGGCUAAUCCAAGAUUAAAAGUUAGACCUGAAGGGUCUGGAUCAACUGCAGCGGUGUCAGCAUGGAGAUUGAACAGAGUUAAUGGCUGAGCUGUAAGAAAUACCGGAUAUAGUUCUGAUGGUGGUUCUGAUCGGGGUAUUUUUUUGGUGAUGACGGACUCUGGGCUGGACUACAUUGAGCUGCUGCAACAUGAAGUCAACAAGAAUCCAGAUAGGCUGCUGGAUGUGGGGAAGGAGGAGGACCAGGAGGAGGUUGCUCCUCCUUGCAGGACCCUCCCAGCUCUCUGCUCCAUCCCCCGGGGCUUGGUGGUCUCCCCUGGCCUUGGAGGAACACCGGUCACCCCCCAGUUGACAGAGGACCUGAGGAGGAUUCUCUUCGGAGGAACGUUUCACGUCUUCAACUACGAGUGGAGGAAGUCUUUCUUCCAGUUCAGAGAGCCAGGCUCUGAAAUGUCGUACGCCCUGGAGGCAGACAGGGGCGGAGCUCGAGCUAUUCAGAUGGUCAUCCAAGCUCGCAUCAUCAAGUACCUCCUGUUCAGUCGACCGGACAGCACAGAGAUAGGGACGCUGGACAACCUCACUCAGGUGGAGCAGAGGGACCAGGAAAAGGCGCUCGCAGCUGCACUCUCUGACAGCCUCUGGUUGGCCGGUCAGGAGGAGCGAGCCACUGUUACCUUGGUAACUGAGGACUACUGCAUCACUCCCCACCUGGACUACAAGAUGGACAACUUUACGGAAAAGUUGCAGCUGUUCACAUUCGACAAGAAGGAGGACGUCCAGAAGUUCAUCAUGAACCAUAUUAAAUGUUUUAAAGAGGAGGGGAGCCAUGGAGUCAUCCUGUUCUUGUAUAGCCUGAUCUGCUCCCGGACAGUAGAGAGGUAAAACCAAGACCAUCCAUGGUCUGACCAAACAGACACCAUGGAUCUGAGUGAAACUG